UGUCGUUCUAUGACUUCUUAUCUGUUUCAUUCUUUUUCGCUUUCUCAGUGCCUGUUCUGGUCGAUAAGACUCAUCGUCGGUUCAACGAAAACAAUGUUUGAACAUCAAACAUUGGCGAUUUUGUCGGAUUAUUUAUAUAUAUUUAUAUUCAAUAGAAAUGAAUAAGAGAGCAUUGGCCAUUUUGAUGCGAGCUAGAAUGAGACCUAAUCAUCUCUCCAACUUCGCCCUUUCUCCCAUUUCCUUUGAAUCAUUAAUUAACCGCAGAAUGAGUUGAGUCAAAUUCUGUCAAAUUCUCAUGGAAACCGAUCCAGUGAAAAUGGGGAGCAUCAUGCCAUGGAACAUGGAAAAGAAAAGCUCAAUCAUCAAAGAUCAUUUGAGGUUGUACGAGAAUCAAUGCACUCCGUGAUAUCAAUGAAUAAAACUGAAGUUGGUGAUUCUGUACUUAAUGAGUUUUUGGAGGGUUAUUGUAGCCUUUCUUUUGAGAACCGUAGGAAAUUAUUGCUCGCACUUGCCAAAGAGUAUGAUCUCAACAGGGCACAAGUUCGUGAGCUCAUAAAACAAUAUCUCGGACUUCAGCCACCUGGGAGUGAAGCUCAAUCAGGAGGAGUUGAAGAUGAAGGCUUUCUUUCAACUUUCUAUCGCAUAGAGAGAAAUUUGAGACAUUCCCUUAAACCAGUAUAUGAAACUCUAUUUGAGAGACUUAACACGCACCCUGAAGGGCUGAAGUUUUUGACCAUCAUCCGGGCUGAUAUAUUAUCCAUUCUCACAGAAGGAAAUAUUGCUUCAUUGCGAGCACUGGAUUCUUAUCUGAAGGAGAAGCUUACAACUUGGCUUAGUCCUGCUGCUUUAGAGCUCCAUCAGAUUACAUGGGAUGAUCCUGCUUCUUUGCUAGAGAAAAUAGUAUUUUAUGAAGCAGUGCAUCCAAUCAGUAAUCUUAUUGACCUUAAGAGAAGACUGGGAGUUGGUCGUCGUUGUUUCGGAUAUUUUCAUUCAGCCAUACCUCGUGAACCUCUUAUUUUUAUUGAAGUUGCACUUUUGAAGAAUAUAGCAGAGACAAUACAGGAAGUUUUGUGGGAUAAUCCUCCAAUUGCUGAAAGUGAGGCAACUUGUGCAUUAUUUUACUCGAUAUCAUCAACUCAGCCUGGCUUGGCUGGAAUCAACCUAGGAAAGUUUCUUAUCAAACGUGUUAUAACGUUGGUGAAAAUAGAUAUGCCACACAUUUCUGUGUUUGCUACGCUUAGCCCUAUCCCAGGAUUCAUGCAAUGGCUUCUGUCCAAGUUGGCAUCUCAAUCGAAACUUGCCAAAGCCGAGGACAUAUCACGCUCAUCUGCUGAUAGAUCCAGAUUAACUUUUUAUGAGAAUAUACUUGAACCAGAAGAAGAAAGAGCACUAAUAGACUCAUCGGGGGAUCUUGCUUCUGGAAAAAGUGGCAUGGAAAUAAUGUUGAACUUGCUAACGCCGACAACUCAUGAGUGGACUAAUUCAGAUAAAUUGCUUUCAGCAUUAAAACCGCCUCUAAUGCGACUAUGUGCCAGGUACCUUCUGCAAGAGAAAAAGAGAGGAAAAGCUCUAGAUUCUGUUGCAAACUUCCAUUUGCAGAACGGAGCGAUGGUUCAAAGAAUAAACUGGAUGGCUGACCAAUCGGAAAAAGGCUUAAAACAAAGUGCAGGUAUCAUGGUGAACUAUGUCUACAGGCCCGAGAAUAUUGAGGAAUAUGCUCAGUCAUAUUUCAGCAAAGGACAUAUCCACUCUUCCUAUGAUGUGAAACGUUACAUUCAGCCGGCAUUGGAAAACGAAUCCAAGGACAGCUUAUGAUGAUCAACGGAAGAUAAUUCAAGUACGAUUUACGACUUACAAACUUGUUAUAUACUUUUGAUUUCUCAAUAUUCAAAGAUACUUUGAUGUUGCUGCCUGUGUAUUUGCCUUAGCAAUGCAAUAUCUUGUUCCAUGAAAAA